AUAUAUAUAUUAAUAAAUUGACGUUUAGUGUUUGUGCAGGAGCUAGAAAUUUUCUCGUUUGGUAAAUACACAAAACUUCGACACAAGAAUAGUAACAUUUAACAUUUACAUGAAAUUUCAUAUACAAUUAUCUGGCUCAGAUUAAAACUUUUUUCCCUAAUAAUGUUGUUACUGGCAAAGGCCAGUAAUGGCCUAUCUCGCUGACCUGAAUAUUUGAUCAAGAGUUUCUUGCUAUUUUGCAGUUUGAUGAAACUCAUUCGUAAUUCACUCUCGCUGUAUCUACUAGAAACGUUUCUAGCUCCUUUGAAUGAUCGAGCGGCAGUCAGUUACUUUUUCAGAGCCUUGAAACGUAUGUCCCGCUCAGGUAAGACGUCCAACACUGGUGCCGAUGAAAUCAUUCAUCGAUACUCCAAACAAAAGGCUAUGUCGGAAAAAUGCCGAAAAUGGUGCAAUGUUUCUUCGGUUCGCCGUAAUACAGAUGACGUUGCUUUCACGGUUAUGAGUUACAACAUAUUAGCUCAGGAUUUGCUAGAUUUUCAUGCAAACUUAUACGAUAAGCAUGAACAUGCGGCGUUAGCCUGGCCUCACAGAUAUGACAGACUAAUAGCGGAAAUAAACCUUGUCAAGCCCGAUAUUCUUUGCUUGCAAGAGCUCCAAGAGGACCACAAAGAACAGCUCAGUAGUGGGUUGAAUAAUUUCGACUAUGAUAUGAUUUACAAAAAACGUACCGGUUAUAAAACCGAUGGAUGCGCUAUUUAUUUUCGACGAGAUUUAUUUAAUUUGAUUGAUCAUCAGGGCGUGGAGUAUUACCAGCCUCAUGUAAAGCGCUUGGAUCGCGAAAAUGUUGCAAUUAUUGCAAAACUGUCGGUGAAAUCGAAUCCUCAUCAACGAUUGGUUGUUGCCACGACGCAUCUUCUGUACAAUCCACGACGACAAGAUAUCCGACUGGCGCAGAUUCAAAUAUUGCUAGCAGAGUUGGAUCGUUUAGCUUUUACGGGACGUUACGCCAAUGGAACACCGAAAUACUUACCAACCAUCGUUUGUGGAGAUUUUAAUCUCCUGCCGUACACUGCCCCCUAUGUACUGUUGACUUCGGGUUUCUUACAGUACGAAAAUCUAACGACUAAUACGCUUGAGCCGAACAUGUACGGUUCUCCGUGCGGAAAAGAGCUGAUUCCUUCCCUACUUGGCAUUACUGAUAGUUGCCAGCAUGAGUGUUUACUUGAUCGAGUGGACGAAGAAUGCAAACGCCAUACUAGGCUGUAUAAUUCCAACGAUGCAUCUACUACACCUCCUUUAAGUCCAGAAUACAAUCUUCAGACGUGUAAGAACUUCAGUCAAGGAAACCUGAAGCAUUGCUUUCGAUUUUGUUCCGCAUACAAACAUGGCAUGACGGAAGCCCACACGGAAACGUCCACAUUCCAGGGCAAAUGGAUUACUGUCGAUUAUCUGUUCUACACAAAGCUUUUCAAUGUUGGUGAAAAAUCGCCAGUAGAUAGUAAUUUGAAGUUAGUAGCAUUGUACUCGCUGCCGACGGUGCAACAAGCUAAAGAAAUCUACACGAUUCCGAACAUGUAUUUCGGAUCAGACCACUUUUCUCUUGCUGGUCAGUUUUUGUUGAAAGCCGAUAUCGAUUCAAAGCUAUAAUGAUGUUUAUAUGGUGUCAUCAGAUUUCGAUGCGCUUUUGUUUUAUAUUAAACAUAUGUUUUAAAUGCAAACAAAAGGAUUCCACCUCAUCCCAUGAUAUUUUUAUUAUACUGUUACUACAGAGUGCAAUGUGCAAACAAACAAAAAUGAAAUAAACAUGCGCUUACUUUUCCCCGAGAUGGCUAAACCGAUUGAAAUAAAACUCGGGCUCAAAUAACUUACGGUCCCAAAGAACUUUUCUAAGUGCGAUAGUCAUUAUGUACUGUUUGAAACGUCUAUUUCCCUAAAUUCGUAAAACUCCGGACUGUCGGCUGCCGGGAGUACCCUUUCAUACGUUUAAUCUUUCACGUUCUGUAUUUUUAAUGGACAACCGUUACUGGUAUAACAUCACCAGAUUGAACUAUCAUUCGCAUAACCACUUGUUCCACGAUGCGCUUUUAUGUCGGUAUCAACUUCCUUACCAAAAUCAUAGAAUAUCAUAUGGAUAUACUUCGCUGCUUAAACGAUAUUGACGUACGUCUUAGCAGACCCUGUCAGCUUGGAGCGAUCUCAAUCUUCAGUUCAGCAACGCCAUCGCACGGCAUCACAUUCAACAUAUCAUGUCUAUUGUAUGAGUGCGCAGUGCUGCUGUUUUGGCGCGCACGAAUUUGACAUUUCUCUCCCCUACUUCUAUGUACGAGAUUCGAUGCGGACUCGCCUGAGGGCACCAUGCACGCAAAAAGGAUGUUACCAAUGAUUUGUUCGGGAAAUGUGAGAGCUGGAUAUCUUGUUAAUAUGAUGUCUUUGGUCUUAGUCAAACAAGUAAACAUUUCAAUGUUUUAAUUACCGGACAAUGCGUAGGAGAUGCGCAAGGGUUUGUCUAUGUGGACUAAUUCUGGCCUCAGCAACAAU